CACAACUCGGGCGCCUGCCCCUCCUGUCCAACUCUCCUCGCGGUGGGUGCCCCCGGCGGCGGUGGCGGCGGCGGCCCAGAGACAGCAGCAGCAGCGCCAGACUGGCCGCGGUAGCGUAGGGUUGCGUGGCUCAGAAACAGACCCAGCCAAAGGGGCGCGACGCGAGGAAGGCAAACCAGGGCCGCUGGUUAGGAGACCGCGGGCGCCUAUAGAGAAGCCGGUGUGAAGGAGCGCGGAGGCUGUGGCCACCGGCGGCCCGUACUCGCCAGUCCCCGAGGCCGCCGCCGGCAUGAGCCACAUUCAGAUCCCGCCGGGGCUCACAGAGCUGCUGCAGGGGUACACAGUGGAGGUGCUGCGGCAGCAACCUCCUGACCUCGUCGACUUCGCGGUGGACUACUUCACCCGCCUGCGCGAGGCCCGCGCCCGAGCCUCAUUGCCGUCCGCCGCCCCUCCUUUAGACUUACACGCUCCAGAGCCCUGCCCGGACGCUGUAGCUGAAGCGGACGGCGACUCAGAGGAGGACGUGGAACUGGAAGUUCCAGUUCCUAGCAGAUUUAGUAGACGAGUAUCAGUCUGUGCAGAGACCUAUAACCCUGAUGAGGAAGAGGAAGAUAAUGAUCCAAGGGUGAUUCAUCCUAAAACUGAUGAACAGAGAUCCAGACUUCAGGAAGCUUGUAAAGAUAUUCUUCUUUUCAAAAAUCUUGAUCAGGAACAGCUUUCUGAAGUACUCGAUGCCAUGUUUGAAAGGAUAGUCAAAGUUGAUGAACAUGUCAUUGACCAAGGAGAUGAUGGAGACAACUUUUAUGUCAUAGAAAGGGGAACUUACGACAUUUUAGUGACAAAAGAUAAUCAAACACGUUCUGUUGGUCAGUAUGAUAACCGUGGCAGUUUUGGAGAACUAGCUCUGAUGUACAACACCCCGAGAGCUGCUACCAUUGUUGCCACCUCAGAAGGCUCCCUUUGGGGAUUGGAUCGGGUGACUUUUAGAAGAAUCAUAGUGAAAAACAAUGCAAAAAAGAGGAAGAUGUUUGAAUCAUUUAUUGAGUCUGUGCCGCUCCUUAAAUCACUAGAGGUGUCAGAACGAAUGAAAAUUGUGGAUGUGAUAGGAGAAAAGAUCUAUAAGGAUGGAGAGCGCAUAAUCACUCAGGGUGAAAAGGCUGAUAGCUUUUACAUCAUAGAAUCUGGUGAAGUGAGCAUCUUGAUUAGAAGCAAGACUAAAACAAACAAGGAUGGUGGGAACCAAGAGGUUGAGAUUGCCCGCUGCCAUAAGGGACAGUACUUUGGAGAGCUUGCACUGGUUACCAACAAACCCAGAGCUGCUUCGGCUUAUGCAGUUGGAGAUGUCAAAUGCUUAGUUAUGGAUGUUCAAGCAUUUGAGAGGCUUCUGGGGCCCUGCAUGGAUAUCAUGAAGAGAAACAUCUCACACUACGAGGAACAGCUGGUGAAGAUGUUUGGCUCUAGCAUGGAUCUGAUUGACCCUGGGCAGUAGAUGUGCCACAUCCCAGAGCCUUCUCAGUGUGACACCAAAAACUUUCGGUCAGCCACAGAACAUACACAGAAGACAGACACGACAAAACUGUUCCUGCUGUUGCCACUGCUGCUGCCAUUGCUGUGGUUAUGGGCAUAUAGAAAACUUGAAAGUCAGCACUAAAGGAUGGGGAGAGGUUUGACCCACACCUCCACUUUGCUUCUGAAAGCCCAUUAUUAGACGACUUGUAAUGAUUACUUCAACCCAGUUUUCACAUCUUUGGUUCAGAAUGGCAUGUCUCUCCAACAAUUUAAGUGCCUGAUACAAAGUCCAAAGUGUAAACAUCCUCCUUUCCUUUCUUGCUGCUACUGUUGCUUUUGGAAUUACCCAUAAGGUCUGCAGAAACCUGUUGUAUAACUGUAGACAUCCUCCUUCAAUCUUUCUCAAGGAAGAUUACAGCCUCAAUUUCCUUGUUUGUCUUUUGAGAAAGUCCAUAGUGUGUUCACAGUUGCUGCCUUUAGUUUUACGGUAGAAAAUGGCAGCGGAUGUAAUAGAAGUCUGUGGUCCAGUGGCAUUGUAUUGUCUUCUGACAGCUGCACACAUUACAGCUGUCUCCAAGCCCACAGUGAUGCUUAGGGAAAGACCCUGUCUAGGGCCCAGAAGGUGAGUACUCUAGAACAGACUGAAAUCAGUGAGACCCAUGUUAGAACAGAAACUUUGGAUUCAUCACUUUUUACCAGUAGUAGAGAGCCAGGAAAGGUUUUUUUUUAGGUUAAGGGUUCUGGUUUUUUAUUUUAUAGUUGGUUUUUGUUUUUGUUUUGUUUAAUCUCUGUGCAGUUUGCAUGAGUGAAUUGCUAUCCAUUUAAAAGGAGCCCAGGGGUAGCCAAGUUAGCUCAAAUGGUUAGAGCAUGGUGCUGAUAUAAGAAGCCAGGAUCUGGAGGUGCCAUUGCUUUUUAUGACCUAAAAACUUUCCUGAGCAACUCCUGCCAUUUCUUGUUUCCAUGACUACUACUGGCUCAUGACAAUAUCCUGGCAAGAGUUUGUUACCCAGAGAGCUCUUUUGUUCUACUCCAGAGUUGUUGCAUAGCUUGACUAUUGAAACAUCAAUUUUUAAACUUUAUAGAAGCAGCAGCUAAUUUUUUAAUUAAAGAAGAUUGUUUCUCUAUUUAUGAAAUUCCCCUUAGAGAUGUUUAGCUUGUAUUUAAAACUUUUUAAUCAAGAGGCCAUUUCCAAUAUAUGUAUAAGGCCUUUUUUAAAUGUGUAUAACUCAGUAAAUCCCUAAGAGAUUAUUUGUUGGCAUUUGAAUCGUUCAUGUUGUGGGUAAUGAUGGAAUCACCCAGUCACCUUUCAUUGUCCACAUAAACUAGACUGCUUUUUCCAUAGACACUGUGGCCAAGAGAUUUCCAGAAUGAGUAACCUACCAAAACCUUCGUAAUCCCUCCUUUUUUCUUAUGUUUCAUGAAGUGAAAGCAGAAAAACUCUUCAGAUUGCCUUAGACAACGUACAUUGCAACUCUCAGAUUUGUGAAAGGCUGUAAUUUAUACUCCAGGUAGCUAGCACUGGGAUUGCCUGUGCGGUGAUCCCGCAUUUUCCUAAGGUUGUUUUCUGUAGUAUUGCUUUAUCAAACAAUUCAGGAAGUAGGUCUUAUGCUCUUAAUAGACAAGAACUACACCUGUUUCUUGCGAAAGUAAUAGGUACUUUGGCUUCAGUAGUGACUUACUAGUCCAGCCCCAGAACUUGUGAAGACUAUUUGAACACUGAGCUAAUGCUCCCUCCCCACCCUCUGUGCCAGCCUUAAAUAGGGCUGGCUGUGGUUCCUGUGCCAGAGUUAACUCCUGAAGGUUCUCACACAUUCCAGUCUAGUCUUUCCUUUCACAAGCCCUCUUUGACACCCCUGAUUCACUGAUGGUUGCUGUUUUACAGAGUUACAGAAUUCAUCAGGUCUAACUCCUUCUGCUCCAUCUACUGUCUGACGUAUGGAUCAUCAGUCCAGACCCUCACUGCAUAUAAGGCCCCUGUGGCAAGGGAUGAGGGUGUUGCUGAGGAAGAGACAGAGGCUAACAUGAGCGAAAAAGGACAUAGCCAUUACCACAGUGCCAGGGACAGUAUUCCAAAUCUCUGCAGCUUGGAGAAUCAAAUGUAGCAGACCAAGUUUGACUCAGGACUGAGGUAUCUCCAUUGUGCUAAGCAAGACCUACAUUCUCAUGGGGAGAAUCUUGUUAGAGCUUCCAAGGAUUAGAGAGCUUCACAUCCUCUUUUCUGGCUUUGCUCUGUUGCUUUUGAAUGGUAAGAAGGUUCCUGAGAGCCUUGAGGUCCAGCUGGCAGAAUUGUCCUUCCUUUUUACCACCAGCUUAUCUCACUCACUGUCUUCUCUUGGUUUAAUUCUCUGAAGGAAGGGUUCAUGUGCUUUUUUCCUCUUAGUCCAUAGUCUUCAUAUAUAAUUGUGUUACAUAUAAUUGCUAUAGAUUCUCAGAAAUCAGGGUAGAAUUUUUUUUGAGCAGUUUAAUGAGUAAAUUCAGCAGCAAAGUGGCAAAAAAAUAGUUCUCCAGUCACAAGAGAUUAUUUUCAUCCUCUUUUUGCCCAAAUUCCCUGCUCACAAUGGUAAAGUGGUCAGUUAAGAAAUGCCACUGGCACCCAGCAGCACCCUGGGCACACAGCAUUUCAUGUCGUGUCACAGUGUAUAGUCUUCUCUCGUUUAGAAAAAGUAAAAGAAUUUGGCACAGAGAAAAAGGAAAAGGACCCAUGAAUGUCAUCUUUUAUCCUUUGUUUUCAUUUGGCUGAUGAUGGAAAAUUUGUUAUUGACAAGCACUUGUAAACCAGUCUUGCCAAGGUAUGAGUUGUUUUGAUUUUUCACUACAAUUACCUCUUGUUGCUCCUGUCUUGACUGCUGACGUUCCUCAGUGAUUUUAUUGUCUAUUUUAUGGGAAGUGGCCUUCCUUCCUAUGGGUUUCCUUUUACACACUGUAGGGCUAUCUUUAUACUUAAAAAAAAAAAAAUGGUGAAACUGUCACUAACCUCAUGGGGGAUUUGCAGAAAACCACUCAGCCCACCUUGAACAAAGGUUAAAUUCCUCAUUGUUUUUUAACUCACUGUAAUAAAAGAAAUCUAAUUCAGCAUUAUAGUGCUACCUCAAAGGUAAAAAUGUUUUAAGGUCAUUGGUCCUGAGUUCUAUACAUGGUGUUUGAAGUGUCUUUAAAUUAGAAUUACUUUUUAAAUCAUUGGGGUGAAUCUCAUUUUAGCCUGUUUUACACUUGUAUUUUAAUCUCUGAAGGAUAAGUGAUUAGAAAGCAGUCAAUCCUUGCUCUGUGAUAUUGAACAUAUAACUAAAAAUUCAUUCAGAAUUUAAUCAUUGUUUGCCAUAAACAAGGUUGGGUUUUUUAAAAGAAAAAACUAGUGCUCAGAAUUUCACUCUUGGUUAAUAAAGGCUGACAAAUCA